GGUGCAGAAGUACGGUAGAUACGACUGGGAAGGAGAAAAAGGAUAGAGGGACCAAAUGGUAAAAAGCUCAGUGUUAUGUGCUUAGGAAUUUGAAUGCCCACGCUGUUGAUUAAGGGAAGAAGAUGGGGUAGAUUUUGAAAGUUUUAAAGAGAAAAAAUGGCAUUAGAUUUUUUUUUAGGGGGAGGGGCUUGGCUAGGUUUGGCUUGGUGUUUGAAGUGACAGAAAGAAUGCAAGAUGAAAUGGGAAGAAGGAGAAGAAGCCAAUUAUAAGGUUGUUAUUGCAAGUGAGAAAUUAUGUGGGCUCAGUUGAAACAGUAAGACAAGACUAUAGAAAAGGUGGCAGAGUUUAGGUAUUUUAAGAGAACCAAUAUAAAAAGUAUAGUUUGAGAAAUGCCUAUAACAGGUCUUGUGUUUAAACUUGGAUAGCUACUGGGGUCAUAAUGUCAUCCUCCAGCUCAGGGAGCCCUAAAAGAAAGACAGGUUUAGAAAUGUAGGUAAUGGACUUAGGGCAGUGGGAGAUUCAAAGCUGAAAAUUAGGAGAGAAGUCAGGCUAAAAUAUAGAUUUGGCUGAUACUAGGAUUUCAUGGAAUUAUUUUUCUUAAUGAUAAGAAGCCAGGAAAAUAGCAUUACUGCAGAGAGGCUUUGGAUGAGGUUUUUUUUUUUUUUUUAAGUCAUCAGAUCUGACAGUUGGAAAGUCGCUGGUGACUUCAAAAAGAACAAUUUGAGUAGAUGUGGGUGGGGUAUAACUAUAUCAUGUUGAGUGAGUUAAAAAGUGAGAGGAGAAAUGGGUUUUUCUUUUUCAUCCAAGAUCUUUGCCCUUUUCCCUUUCCCAAUGCUCCUUUUGCAAAGAUUUCAACCUGACCACAGAUUCUCUUUCCCUCUUUCCUUCUUCCUCCUUAAGUCUGUAGUCAGGACCUAUGACUUGUGUACCAAAACUAGGGACAUGAUGAACUGAAAUCUAUUCUCAUAGCUUAGGAUCUGAGAAGAUGGCCAGAGAUAGGGGAGUCUGAUGUCGCAAGUGGCAUUUAUAGUGGGAAAUAGCAGGUCAGACCAAUCUGGGACAGGGGGCCAUUACACAGGUCUCUAUUGUGAAUGCAAACACUGGACCUAGAAACUAAGGUAACUGCAAGUGCUGGUGGAAGAAACACAGAAUCAGUGGAGAAACUCAGCCUCAGUGAGAAAGUGGAAUCUGGCAAAAUGUGGGGGUGGGGGAGUAGAAUCUGACAGUAAACUGAUAUUAACUAGAAAUUCAAGCAGAGAUGUUUAGGUUUCUUAGGACACAGGGACUGAAGACGUGCAGACUGUUGUGAUAUUACAAUAAUUGUGGCCUUGAAGAUAAUAGUGAGGGGACAGUUAAUGAAUUGGGUUCUAGAAACACCGGUCAUCAAUAUAUUUAACAAAAAUAUUUGUGAAACCAAAACGUUGCCAGAUUAUUUGGAGGAAAGGGGUUAGAUACUGAUGUUCUUGAAGAGCUAAACAUUAAUUUGUGAGUUCUCUCCAAAGAGGGGGAGAAGGUAGUGACUAAGAUAUGCCAGGUAGCGUGGAGGUGCAGAGUCCAAGAGAGACUUGCACCUCGGAAAGAAUUGGAAGUUCAAGACUAGGCCUCAUGCCCUUAACCUGGGGACCCUAGGAAUUACCAGCGGCUCUACCAGAUUCCCCUAUCAUGCAUGGCCCAUCACAACCUUGACCUGUUUCUCUCGACUGCACUGCCCUAUCCGUCCACUGGGGGGCAGGGCUCGAGAGCGAGGCUGGUGUCUGUUCCGAUGCCUCGAGAACCAUCAGUUCCUACCAGACUCCCAGAGCUGGGACGUCUCAGCCCAUGGCAAGCUACAGCCCCUCAAACCUCUCCCUACUGCCAGGCAGUAGUGAGGACAGACCCGGAGGGCCUAUGCCGGUGCGGGUUGACACUCCAGUCUGGUUCGGUGCCCAGACAGCUCCUGGCAAGCUGAUGAUCCGACCUGGGGUCAUACCUAUGGUCUGCCCAGGCUCUCAAGUUUGGGGGCUGCCCAUGGGUCCCCCGCUUUACGAGUUCCAGAGUGCGAUGGCACCUUGUGGGCCCAGAUUUGGAGCUGGCGAAGCGGCUGCCUGGUUCCCAAUCCCUUCGGAGGGAUCUUUCCCAGGACCCUGCAUUGUCCUGCAGUGCAUCCCCAAGAUGGAGCUGCCAGAGGAUGUCUCAGCCAUAGAGAAAGAGAUGGAACAGCUGGCCAAGGAACUUAGGCAGAAGAGGAUGACCCUGGGGUACUCUCAGGCCGACGUAGGGUUUGCUAUAGGUGCACUCUUUGGCAAGGUGCUUAGCCAGACAACCAUCUGCCGUUUCGAGGCCCAGCAACUCAGCCUGGCCAACAUGUGGAAACUUCGUCCACUGCUGAAAAUGUGGCUGGAAGAAGUAGACACCAAGAACUUUCUGGGCUUAUGCCGGAUGGAAAUGAUCUUGAAGCAGGCACGGAAGCAGAGACGGGCAAGCAGAGAGAGACGCAUCGGAAACAACCUGGAGAAGCUCUUCCUGCAGUGUCCCAGGCCCACACCGCAGCAAAUCAGCCACAUUGCUGGACAGCUCCGGCUCCAGAAGGACUUGGUCCGUGUUUGGUUCUACAACCGGAGCAAGAUGAGCAGCCGGCCCACCAAUGAUUUCUCUCCAUCGGAGGAAGUGGGGCCAGUUGAGCUGUCUUUUCCAGGGGCCCCUGUGUACUUUCCCCUGGCACCAAGGUUCCAUUUCAGUUCCUCCCACUAUGGGGGGCCCUACUUUACCCCACUGUAUUCUUCAGCUCCUUUCCCUGUCGGGGGGACCUUUCUUUCAGCACCUGUGAAUACUCUGGGCCUCCCCAGGCUUUCUAGCUAAAGGGUCUUCUCCUCUGGGGAGUGCAAAACUAGGGAAACCAGUCCCUGCAAUUCAGUUGGGCUUUUACCAUUAAGUUCUUCACUCACUAUUUAAAGGGGUUAAGAAUAUUUAGGGGGUGGGGGAUAGAUUUAUUUCAGAAUAUUUGAGAAGUUGGAGUUUCUGUUUUGUGGUUUUCCCUAGCAGUUUUAAGGUACCUUACAAUACAUCAAAAAAAUGUUUCAAAUAUUUUGUUUCCCUUUAUUUUUUAAUUAAGUGAAAGUCAAAUGCGCCUUUAAUUCCUUGUGAUCCUCAGGAAACAUGAAGACAUACAGAAGACCAACAAUCUCUAAAGUCCAAACCACAAGCUCCUAGAAGUAGAGUUAAAUGGACAGGUGGCAGAGUAUAAAUGACAUAGAUUCAGAAUAUGCAGUGCCUAGUAGUGACUACACUGUAGAAUGCCUAAGCUAUUUCUU